AUGGCUCUGUCCUCAUAUCACUCACACCCUUCUGAAACGCUCUUGGGCAUCCUACUCUUCCUUGUAUUCAGAGGGGUUUCAGGGGCAACGUUUACUUUUGUGAACAAGUGCGAUUACACGGUGUGGCCAGGGAUUUUAGGAACACCAGAACUCGCAAGCACAGGGUUUGAACUUACAAAGGGUGGUUCCAGAAGCUUCCAGGCUCCGACCGGUUGGUCCGGUAGAUUCUGGGGCAGAACCCGUUGCCAGUUCGACAAUUCGGGCCUGGGGACGUGCGCCACCGCUGACUGCGGCUCCGGCGAGAUCAACUGCAACGGCGCCGGAGCCUCACCGCCGGCGACGCUCGCUGAAUUCACGCUGGGCACGGGUUCCAUGGACUACUAUGAUGUGAGCCUCGUCGACGGCUACAAUCUGCCGAUGAUGGUGACGGCGAGAGGCGGGUCGGGGUCCUGCGCCGCCACGGGGUGCGGCGAGGAUCUAAACCGGGGUUGCCCGUCGGAACUGAGGGUGGAGGGCGGCGACGCGUGUCAGAGCGCAUGCGGGGCGUUUGGGAAACCGGAGUAUUGCUGCAAAGGCGCGUUUGGUAACCCUUCCACGUGCAAGCCUUCCAUGUACUCACAAAUUUUCAAGUCCGCAUGUCCUAAAGCCUAUAGCUACGCGUACGAUGAUGCCACUAGCACGUUCACGUGUUCCGGCGCUGACUACACAAUCACAUUUUGCCCCUCUUCUCCUAGUUUAAAGUCUUCAACGGAUUCGAGUUCAAAGGGAACGGAUUCGGGGUCUGGGAGUGUGACAGGGACAGGUUCAUCGGUGGAACAAUCUGAAUUAGCUUCUACUUCGUGGUUAGCCGACAUGGCAACGGCGACAGGGGCCUCAACGCAAAGACGGCCUUUUGUCACUUCAAAGGUCUAUUUUUGGGUGGUGGUUGUUUUCAUUCUUUCUCUUUUGGUGGGUCCCUCCCUCUCCUAG